AUGCGGCCAAUAUUCAUUGUCCUGUAUUCCACCUUGGUAUGCUAUGGUGGCGCGUUGUCACCCACAUGGCACAUGGGAAACUUGCACGAUGCAUCCUCGCCUAUCAGAUCUACCCUCGACUUCUCCCCCGAAAAGCUCGCCCCCGCCGGCAUCAGAACUACCAUCAGGGGAUAUUUCACAAAGAACAAUAUGGCUCACCCGGCCGCCUCCGCAGCCAGCCUCCGCAUUGGUGUCGAUGUUGGCGGGACUAAUACGGACGGCGUCAUCGUCGACCCAACCCAGCUGCAUUCUGAGAACCGCGGAAUCAUCGCGUGGCACAAAGCCCCAACUACCCCAGAGCCUAGUCAUGGCAUCGGAGAAGCCAUCACAGCCAUGUUCAAGUCUGCAAAUAUCGAACCUUUGUCUGUCGCCAGCGUGACCAUUGGAACCACCCAUUUUGUCAAUGCCGUUGUCGAGCGUGAUGCUUCUCGUCUGUCCAAAGUGGCUGUCCUCCGCCUCUGCGGCCCGUUUUCCAAAUUUGUGCCGCCCUGCGUGGACUGGCCCGCCGACAUGCGUGAUCUUAUUCUCGGCCACUAUGCACUCCUCAAAGGCGGCUUAGAGAUUGACGGGGACCUCAUCUCCGACAUAUCCGAGGCCGAGAUUGAAGAGCAAGGCCGGAUUAUCAAAGAAAAGGGCCUCGGAUCUGUUGUUAUCAAUGGCGUCUUUAGUCCAAUUGAUACCGUCCAAAGGCAAGAAGAACGGGCGGCUGAAAUUAUUCGCAAGGCAGUGCCUGGCUGUGACGUUGUCUGCUCCAAAGACAUUGCAAAUCUGGGCUUCCUAGAGCGCGAGAAUGCUGCCAUACUCAAUGCUUCCAUUCUGAAAUUUGCUAGACACACCAUCAUGGCAUUCCAAAGACCAGUCAAGAAACUAGGGAUGAAAUGCCCAGUGUUUAUUACUCAAAACGAUGGAACAGUCCUAUCAGGACAGGCAGCAGCUCGCUUCCCGAUUCGCACAUUCUCCAGCGGCCCAACAAACAGUAUGCGAGGCGCCGCGUUUUUGGCCCACGGGCAACUCGAAACGGCCGCAAUGGUUGUCGACAUUGGAGGCACUACUACAGACGUCGGCCUUUUGCAGAUGAAUGGAUUUCCCAGACAGCAGGCGGCGUACAGUGAACUUGCUGGGAUACGAAUGAACUUUCCGUGUCCAGACAUCAAAAGCAUUGGUCUCGGGGGGGGAUCAGUCGUGCGCAAAGACCCAGUCUCGGUUGGACCGGACAGUGUAGGAUACAACCUGACAAAAGAUGCCAUCGCAUUCGGUGGCAGCACUCUGACCGCGACCGAUUGCACAGUGCUGUCAAACGCACAGCUCCAGCUUGGAGACCGCAAACUGGUUGAGAACCUAAUUUCACAAUCGCAGCUUGAGACAAUUCAAAAUACCAUCAAAGAGAAACUAGAGCGCGUCAUUGACAAGAUGAAGACAUCUCCCGAGGACGUUCCGGUUUUCCUGGUAGGUGGAGGUGCCAUCAUCGCGCCCGACUCUCUGAAAGGAGCCAGCAAGGUCAUCAAGCCAAGGUGGGCAGAGGUCGCCAAUGCCAUUGGCGCAGCAAUGGCCCGUGUGAGCGCCGUGAUAGAUGUAGUCAAGUCGACAGAAUCCAAAUCGGCAACUGAGUGGUUGCAUGAAAUCGGCCAGGACGCCAUCAGAAAGACCAUCGCAGCGGGCGCUUCCGCCGAGUCUGCUGAGAUUGUUGAAAUGGAGUCAUUCCCUUUACAGUACAUCAAUCACAAAACACGCUUCAUCAUUAGGGCCGCCGGCGACUUUGACUUUUCCAAGCCUGUCACUAGUAGCCUUGACGAGGAGGCCGACGCCGAACCCGAGAAUGAAGCCUUUUCGGAACGAGAGCGUAGCGCAACUCGCCACAACCCCGCAAAUCACGCCUCACAAGUCAACAUUUCGGCGUAUAAACCACAGGUCCGAGCGCGUACGUGGUACAUUUCCGAAACAGACGUGGACUGGAUCUCCAUUGGCUGCUAUAUCCUGGGCACCGGCGGCGGCGGCUCGCCCUACUCCAGCAUGAUUCGUCUGCGCGAGGAUCUCCGCCGAGGCGCCGUUGUCAGGGUCGUCAGCCCCAAAGACCUGCAAGACGACGACAGCGUCGGCGGCGGCGGCGGCGUGGGCAGCCCCACGGUCGGCAUCGAGAAGCUCGCCGGAAACGAGCUCCUGGACGCGCAGCAGGAGCUGGCCAAGGUGUGCCGCCAGCAAAUCACCCACGUCGUAUCGGUCGAGAUUGGCGGCAGCAACGGCCUGCAGAGCAUGAUCCUGGGCUCCACGACCAACAUGAACCUCGCCGCGCUCGACGGCGACUGGAUGGGUCGCGCCUACCCGACGCAGUGGCAGACGACGCCCGUCGUCUUCAACGAACGCUCGCCCAUCUGGUCGCCGACGGCCAUGGCCGACGGCAACGGCAACGUGCUGGUCAUGGCGCGGACCACGUCCGACGUCAUGGUGGAAAAGGUCCUGCGCGCGGCGCUGAGCCAGAUGGGCUCGCACACGGCCACCGCGGACGCGCCCGUCACCGGCGCCGAGACGAAGCGCUGGAUCGUCCAGCACACCAUCUCGCAAGCCUGGCGCAUCGGCCGGGCCGUCGUGCGCGCGCGCCAGGAGCACCGCGUGGACAGCGUCGCCGAGGCCAUCCUGGCGGAGUGCGGCGGCCCGCAGGCCGGACGCGUCCUGUUCAAGGGCAAGAUUGUCGCCGUGGAGCGGAUGCUGCGCGGCGGCUACGCCUACGGCGAGUGCAUCGUAGAAGGCGCCGACGUCCGGGUCGACGGCGGCGCCGGCGGCGCCGCUGGUGGGUUUUCCGGACGAGUCAAGAUUCCGUUCAAAAAUGAGAAUAUUGCCGUGUGGAGGCUGCGCGAGGGGCCGCAGCAGCAGCAGACGGAGCGGCAGGAGGACGUGCUGGGCAUCGUGCCGGAUCUGAUUACCGUGAUUGACGCGCAGAACGGCGAGGCGGUUGGCACGCCCGAGUACAGGUACGGGCUGCUGGUGAUUGUCUUGGGGCUCGCGGCCAACGACAAGUGGACAACGAGUGCACGGGGGAUUGAGCUCGGCGGACCGGCGGGGUUUGGCAUUCAUCAUCUGAAGUAUCAGCCGCUGGGGACGUUUGUCGAGCCAAAGAGUGUCAUUGACGAGUAUGACGAGUGA